ACUGACCUGAACGGCAUCGGCGCCAAAAAUGCCUUUACUGUUUCAUCUCAUAUCCGAAAUAAAAGCACUGCUCCUGUAAAACAAAGAAAAUGGGAGACUGGAACUUCCUUGGUGGGAUCUUGGAGGAGGUGCACAUCCACUCCACCAUGGUGGGAAAGAUCUGGCUCACCAUCCUCUUCAUAUUCAGGAUGUUGGUGCUGGGCGUCGCCGCGGAGGACGUGUGGAACGACGAGCAGUCGGACUUCAUCUGCAACACCGAUCAACCCGGCUGCAGGAACGUCUGCUACGACCAGGCCUUCCCCAUCUCCCUCAUCAGGUACUGGGUGCUGCAGGUGAUCUUUGUCUCCUCGCCCUCGCUGGUGUACAUGGGCCACGCCAUCUACCAGCUGAGGGCGCUGGAGAGAGCGGCACUGCAAGAAGGUGACCCUCCGUCGAGAGCUGGAGGCAGUGGACGUGGAGCUGUCGGAGGUGCGGAGACGGACGAGAAAGAGAUGAGGCAGCUGGAGCAGGGGAAGCUCAACAAGGCUCCUCUGAGGGGUUCUCUGUUGUGCACCUACAUGGCCCACAUUGUGACUCGCUCAGUGGUGGAGGUCAGCUUCAUGAUGGGUCAGUACCUCCUCUAUGGACACCACCUGAGUCCUCUUUACAAGUGUGAACGGGAGCCGUGUCCGAAUGUGGUGGACUGCUUUGUCUCCAGACCCACAGAGAAAAGCCUCUUCAUGAUGUUCAUGCAAGCCAUCGCCUCUAUCUCCCUCUUCCUCAGCCUCCUUGAGAUCAUGCACUUGGGCUACAAGAAGCUUAAGAAGGGCAUCCUGGACUACUAUCCCCAUCUGAAGGACGACCUUGAUGAUUAUUACGUGAACAAGUCCAAGAAGAACUCAGUUGUCCAUCAGGGUUGCAUGGGCACCUCAGCGGGACGCAAGACUACAAUCCCCACAGCACCAAUUGGGUACACACUUCUGCUGGAGAAGCAGGGAAACGGGCCUAACUACCCUCUGCUCAAUGCCUCCUCUGCCUUCAUACCAAUACAAGGAGAUGCUGGCGCAAAACCAGACAACCACAAGGACAGCAAGGAGGAGGUGCUGUCGAGUCCCACAGAGCAGAACAGCAACUCAAACAACACCAGCAGUGAGACACGUUCACCUCCUGUCGACAAGCAGGAGGAACCAGAAGAACAAUCCUCUCCCCGCCAUGGGAACCUGGAGUGUGCACGUUCUGAGUAUCCCACCCUGCCUGUAGCAGAUGCCUCUUCCUGCGCUGCACUGACAGCAAUUGCGAGGAAGUCACGGAGGGUCAGUCCACCAUGGCACUGCUCCACAGUGGUAGAGGGGAACGGUUCAGACAGUGGCGACUCCUACCACGGUGUGAGCAGCAUGAAGCUCCGCGGCGGCUGUGUGGGCCCCAGAGCGAGGAUGCUGUCAAAGUCGGACAUGAAGAGACCAAGCAGGUCUCAGAGUCCAGACUCAGUGGGGGAACUGAGUUCUGUGUCUCGGCACAGUCGCGAGAGCAACAGCCCCAUCGCCUCCUCUCCUCCGAACCGCAGAGUGUCAGCGGCGAGCACAACCAGCAGCAGCAGACGAGCUCCCACUGACCUGCAGAUAUAAACACGCGAGGUGCUUCUCAAAGGCCUUGUUUAGACUGCAGUCCAGAUUGGAUUUUUAAGUACAUCUAGAUUGUAUCUAGCUUGAUUAUUUUGCUAGUCUGAGCGGCUGAAAAACACAAGAUUUUUCCAAAGCCAAUUCAAACCGGAUAGGGAGGUGGUUGCGAAUGCAAUUCUGAUUGGCUUUUUACAGAUCCAUUUCAAUCUGACAUUACUACAGCUUAAAUGUAAACUGAGAAAAUGUCACUGUAACAAAACAACUGUUUUAAAAGGUGGUUAAAACCACAGCACUCUGUGUCAUUCCCAGGUCGUUUCCACGUGGACCUUUAAUGAUUUGCUGUUUGUCUGGAACAGAUGUGUGAAUGGAAAAAAACGCACAAAUCCAUAAUGUUGUUUCACACUGUUACGCAACCAGACACUUUCAAAUCAGUCACAAAUGAAUUAAUGCAGCUACUGUUAGAACAAAAAAUACCAUUGCAUGAAAACAGUAAAAAUAAUAUCUCUGUUUUACUUCUUUCAUCAAGGGCUGAGUGAUAUGAAAGUUUAUCAUAAUAGAAAAACUGGUAAAAAUGUUGUAGAAACCAAUUAAUUGUAGUUUUAAAAUUAUUCAUGAGCAGAAAAUUACAAAACCUUUUUUUAUGUAUUUGAUAUCAAUUAAAAUGUUACAGACCAAUCUCUGUUUUUUUUAUUGUCUGUAUUUCAGAUGAACCAUGUUUUAAGGAAGAAUGUCUCAUAAACAGGCAGACACCAGACACCAAAUGCUGGAAAAAAAAAAGAUUAUUCUUGUUGCAAAACAAAAAAUGACACUUUGUGUUCACCGUACGACCAUGACUGUAACAAAAAACAUUACGUACUCAACAAAAACGGCUACGGUUUCACGUUUUUCUAAUUUACACAAAUAUAUUUGACAAAACUCCACUUCUUUACUCCGCAGGCGACGGUUCAUACUGCAUCAGCUGGAAAAAGAUACGGAAAAGAGGUCAGAGGUUAGAGGUCAGAGAAAAGAAGGACGUUUCGAUGUGUGUGUGUGUGUAUGUGUGUGUGUGUGUGUGUGUGUGUGUCUAAGCAGCUUCUCACCUUGUUCCUCAGCUCUUUGUUCUCCUCCAUGAGCAGGUUGCACUUCUGCUGAAGAUCAGCCAGCUCCGAGCGAAGAGUCUCAGAGUCUGCUGGCUCUGGACCAGCUGCACCGAGGUGAAGCUUUAUGAAGCUGUGCAGGUCGGUCAAGGUCAAUGUCAACAUUCAGUUAAAAGCUGAUGUCAGUGUUGUCGCUAACAAACACACUUAUAUUUUGGCGGAAGUUGUAAUUGACACUCUGUGUGUAUAGUAUGUUGCUUGUACUCAAGAAAAGGAUACUCUAGUGCAUUGUUGGGUUUGUCAGUUUCCUCAUAAAGUGCCACGAGAACUGCAAAAGAGACGAGAUGGUGAUGAGGCAGCUCAGCAGAGAUGAAGGUGAAACAGAGGUGAAGCAGGGAACUGUCUCAGUAUGAUGGUAAAACACUACUGAAUACCCACUUUCAGAGAACACAUGAUGCGUUUUUGUUUUGUUUUGGUUCUGUCUCAAGUCGGGUUCAGUCAUGUCAAAUAAUAUGGUAAUAUCAAGUUUUUUAGGGUUACUCAUAUGUUAUUUUAAAAAUUACUUCAUUGGAAAUACUGCAUAAACAUUUAAUAAAUAGAUGCAUAACCGGAAAAAUAAGUGAUAAUACGUCAAAACUUAUAUAACAUUAUAACACUGCCGCCCUCCUUUAUAGAAGACAUGACUAUGUGACUUUUUAUGGUGUGGUGGUUGUUCUGGUUGAUUUUGGGUCCCCUGAGGCCCAUAGAACUCCUCGAAACGCCUCUGAACUGUCACCUCCACCGUGUUGUGUGUGUGUGUGUUUGUGUGUGUGAGAGCUUGAACUCACCACUUGUUAAAGUGUCCAAUACUCCCGAUUUCUCCAAGUAUCUUCUGAACUGCUCUCGCUUCGCUUCCGGAGCCUGAAAAAUCACAACAAAUAUAUCAUUUCCAACCGGAAGUCAGCAGGACACAAAUGAAUCAAAGACAUUUUGAACUCUUUAGAGAGUUUUAUUACGUAAGUCGUCUAAACGACAACAAAAUAAAGACGAACUCAGCCUGUGGUGCGUUCACGGCCUAGUUUCUACAUUGCUACGAUGCUACGCAGUUAGCACAUGCUACGUGGAACGAACCACAAACUUUUAUUUGUGUUAACUUUGUAAAUAAAGCUUCUGCCGCUGCACAUGUACUUACUCUGUAAUGGGCCAUGAUUGUAGUGACAGGUGUGGGGUUUCCGUAGGUGUGAAAACUGUCAGGUUAAUUAAGUCAGAAUUUCACCAGCUGUUUGUUUGUGUCAACACGCGCCGGAGUCGUUACCAUAACAACACGCCAAUGACGGUAAACGUAAAGGACUUGUUUUUAAUAUUCUUUCUAUUUUUUUCUUUUUUAACCUAAUUAACUUACAGUUUGAAAAAAGCCACUAAACUACAGAGAAGAGUUUAAACGAGUUGCGUUUGAACGGAGUUCUAGUGUAAGUGUGUGUGCUGCUGUUGUAUUCACGUGCCAACUGGAGAACUGGUGUUGCCAGGUUGGACAAAUAAAAGUUAAAUUCUUCAAG